AUGGCCCGUGCAGUGAAAGGAACGCUUGUUCAAUGCGACCCGUCGAUAAAAGCGCUCAUUGUCAAGAUCGACUCGGACUCACGAGAUAUUGUUAUCGAAGAACUGGAUGAUACCCACCUGCUGGUCGACCCAUCGAAAAUCGUCUACAUUAAACAGGAGCUCAACAAGAUCCUUUCAAAGAACGCCUACAACCCUUUCGAGGAAGACGGACAAUGA